AUGGCAGAUAAAAUAUGUCACAAAUUAAUUAAUGAAAAUUUAAAAACUUUAUGUGAACAUACAUUACCAAAUAAAAAUGAUUACGAAAUAAAAAAUGAAAAAUUUAAUAACAUCAAUAUAAAUUGUUCUUCAAAAUGUGAAGAAUUGUGCAAUAAUAUAAAUGAGCGAUUGCAAAAAAUAAAGGACAUUGUACAUCUUAGAUCAACGAGGCCAAAUGUAAUUUUAAUAGACACCUUGAAGUAUAUUAAAGAAUAUAUAAAAGAAAUAGAAAAAUAUAUAGAAAUUUUUAAUAAUGUUAUACAUGAAGAAAACAAAGCUUAUGCAUAUUUUGAAGAUAUAUUUAAUUCUUUGAAUAUCCAGAAUCAGAAUGUACAAAAAAUUUAUCAUAUAUGUAGUAAAAAUAUUGUAAUAACAAAAAAUAACAAUGAACUAAUUUUACAAAAACCACAAAGUUACUUUUCUCUUUCUUCUAAAUUUGUCAAUAAUUUAUUAAAUAUAUGCAAAGAGCAAAAUGAAAAAAUAAAUGAAAAUAAUAAUGAAAAUCAGAAUGAAAAUAAAAACAUAAUCGAAAAUGAAAAUGAAAAUAAAAAUAAAAAUGAUAAUUAUUUAAAUUAA